AUGACAACAACAACAAGCCAACCGCAGCAAGAACCCCCCCAAAAAAGCUUCACAGCCCACCUAAUCGCCUCCUUCACAUCCCCCAUAUCCUCUCUCCCCACGCCAGCCCCAGAAGCCCUCUACAAGCCCGCAGAAGUGCCACGGAUCAAGAAGGCAAAGAGACUGACGGGCACGCGCACUAAGCAGCUCAUCCGCGCUGCGGACCGCGGCCAUGAUGAUCCGCCGCCGCCGCCGGGGCUGGGCGAGUGCUGAAUUGGCGUGCUGGAGGGAGCGUUGGGGGGAGGUGCUGUGGAGAAGAAGAAGGAGGAGGAUCGCAAGGAUGGGGAG